UCUCUCUUCUGUCUCUCUGGUUAGAGUAGCCAUGGCUGCAGGAAGUGGGUCUCCUUGUGGUGCUUGCAAGUUCCUCAGGAGAAAAUGUGCUUCAGAUUGCAUAUUUGCUCCUUACUUCUGCUCUGAGCAGGGACCUGCUCGUUUUGCUGCAAUUCACAAGGUGUUUGGUGCUAGUAAUGUAUCAAAGCUUUUGUUACAUGUUCCUCUCCCUGAUCGAUGUGAGGCAGUUGUGACAAUUGCUUAUGAAGCUCAGGCCAGGAUCCGUGAUCCUGUCUAUGGCUGUGUUGCUCAUAUCUUUGCACUUCAACAACAGGUGGCAUAUUUGCAAGCCCAAUUGAUGCAAGUGAAGGCUCAGCUGGCUCACAAUUUUGCGGCUAGUUCAAGGUCUUUAGACAAUCAUUGGCCUUCUAUGACUGCAGGGUCUGUCCUUGGAGGAGGUGGGUCUCCCCAAUUGCCUUAUCCAACUCAUUCCAUUACAUCUCAGAGCUCUCUGGGCUCUCUGGACUCUCUGGACCAUAGCAGUGAUGGGAUGGUGAUGCAGGAGUUAGAAGACCUAACCUUUCAAACUUGUACUAAGAAAAGAUUCUCUACCAAUGACUUGGGUGAGCUUCAAGCUCUGGCUCUUAGGAUGAUGAGGAACUGAUUCUCUCUCUCUCUCUCUCUCUCUCUCAAGGAUGAUGAU